AUGUACUGGCAGUGGGCAGGUCUGAUCCUGAACAUCAGUGAGCCACAGGAAAGCUGCCAGAACCUGGGCUUUCCCCAGACACCUGUGCCCAUCGCCCCUGUUUCCAGCCAGGCCCAAGCCUUCCUCACAGUGUGGGAGAAACUUCCCUGGAGCUGCAGGGAAGUGAGGGAUGGGAAAAGUGUACUGCCCAAAACACACUCUGCAGCCUGCCCAUCAUGGCCUCCCUGGCCAACUCACCUGUCUCCUUCAGCUGCAGGAUCAGCUACCCGUACACCCCCCAAUUCAAGGCUUUCACAGUCAGUGACCCACAGCAGCCUGCCCAUCGUGGCCUCCCUGGCUAACUCAGCUGUCUCCUUCAGCUGCAGGAUCAGCUACCCGUACACCCCCCAAUUUAAGGCUUUCACAGUCAGCUACUUUCAUGAAGACCUCCAUGGGCGAAGGAGCCCUGAGAAGCAACAGCCAACCAACUGCCACCCUGGACUGGGCAUAGAGAACCAGACCUAUGCCCUAAACUGCCUGGUCACCCUUGUGCCGUUGGACACAUCAGCGACUGGCACCUACUACUGCUCUGUCAACAGGCCACACCCUGUGGCAACAGGCAGUGGCACCUUCAUCCUGGUCAGAGACACAGGGUACUGAGAGCCCCUGUGGAGCCCUUAGAAGCUCCUGCUCUUUGGCUUCACCGGCCUCCUGAGUGUCCUGAGUGUUGUGGACACAGCCCUGUGGCUCCAGAAGAAGAGGCAGAUGCAGGCUCCACGGAAGGAUCCCACCAGGAAGUGCCCAGCUCCAAGAUCUGCCAGCAGCCCCAAACAGCCUCCUGCAGAAUACGUCUACACA